GAACUAGAAAUGGAGAACUCGCAACUUAAAAAAGACUUGAACUCACUGAGGAAGACUGUAUCGGAGACCAGCCCAUCGUCCGCGCAGCAAAAUCUCAUGAUACAAUUCGAGGCGCUGCAGGAGGAACUGGAAAGGAGAAGAGAGGAGUGUAUUCAGCUGCAUAGCGUGCUGGCCGAUCAUACGCGCAGAAUGAAGAGCUUAGGUACCAGUUAUGGUCGCGAUGUGGACAUCAUAAACGAAGAUGGCGAGCUGGUACUUGCCUUCGAAGCGCAGAAGAAGAUUAACAGUAAACUUAAGACAAAGGCACCGAGAGGAGAGCAAUUGGAGGAUGAGCUGCAAGCGAAGGAAAGGAAUUGGCGGUCGCAAAGAGACGAGUGGCGAAACGAGAUAGACAGGCUGCAAGAAGAAAUCGAGAAGCAGCAAAAACUGCUCUCCAUUAAUUUGAGCAAAUCGCCGCAAACUCAAGCGGAGCUUUACAUGCAGUAUGAGGUUGCCAGAUUGACGUCUGAAAAUCUGGAACUUCAAGAGAAAUACGAUAAAGUAGCGGAGGAAUGUAGACGCUUCAAGAAACAAUGCAGAAUUCUGGCGAAACGACUCAAGGAUGCUGGCUACGAAGGGGAGGAACGUUCUUAUGUAAAAGGCACCGUGCCCAACACGGUGGAAUACGCAAACGGCUGCGUCGCCGUUUCCAGUACUCACGGAGACGGGAGUAACAUGCCUAUCAUUCGCAAAAAGGAGAGGGAUUAUGAAGGAAUGUUUGAAUUCAGAAAGGAGGAUAUCAACUUGAUCAUACGCCACUUGGUCAUUGAGCUGAAGCCCCGAAUAGCGGUGACGCUGUUACCAGGCUUACCGGCCUACAUCCUCUUCAUGUGCAUCAGACACACCGACUGCAUUAACGAUGACGAUAAGGUGCGGUCGCUGUUGACCGAGUACCUGAAUGCCGUUAAACGCGUGUCAAAGAAACGCGACGACUUCGACUGCAGAGUGCUUUGGAUGAGUAACACCCUGCGUUUGUUGCACAACAUGAAGCAGUACUCCGGCGACAAGCCGUUCCAGAUCGAGAACACGCCCAGGCAGAACGAGCAAUGCCUGAGGAACUUCGACCUGAGUGAAUACCGUGUUGUACUGAGUAACGUGGCUCUCUGGAUCUUCAACAAUCUCAUCACGAAUCUCAAGGAGAGGAUUCAGGCGCUCACAGUACCGGCCUUGCUGGAGCAUGAGGCAAUAUCCGUUCCGACCGACAAGACCGGGCGACCUAGGUCGUCGUCCAUGGGCGGCGAGCCGGAUUCCACGCAGCAGAAACUGGACAAGCUUCUGGGCGAGCUGACGUCGGUGCACAAGACCCUUCAAUAUCACGGCGUGGACCCCGAGGUUGUGGUGCAGCUGUUUAAGCAACUGUUUUACUUCAUGUGCGCCAGCGCUUUGAACAACCUGCUGUUAAGGAGCGAGCUCUGCCGAUGGACAAAGGGUAUGCAGAUAAGGUAUAACAUGAGCCAUUUGGAGCAGUGGGGCAGGGACCGACGACUAGAAACCGCGUCGGAAGCGCUACAGCCCAUCAUACAGGCGUCGCAGCUUCUACAAGCUCGCAAGACGGACGAGGACGUUAAUUCUGUCUGCGAGAUGUGCAACAAACUGACGGCCAAUCAAAUAGUGAAAAUUCUGAAUCUGUACACGCCCGUCGACGAUUACGAAAGUCGAGUUCCUGUUUCGUUUAUCAAGAAAGUACAAGACAAACUGAAGGAGCGCGGUGAGAACAACGAACAAUUGUUAAUGGAUCUAAAGUAUUCAUAUCCCGUAAGAUUUUCAUUCAAUCCGUCGGAUAUUCGACUUGAAGAUAUCGAGGUACCUGAGGUGCUUCACUUGCCCAUGCUCAAGAAGGUGUAACGCAAUCGAGGCAUGAUCCUGGUCAAGUUCCCCGCUCUACUGUACUGUACUGUACUGUGUGUCUUUAGUUGAAAACGUUAUACGCGAAUAACCGAAACUCGCUUAGUCCAUUUGUUCGUACUGGAAGUUAGUGAUACCGCGCGGUAAUCCGGCUACGUUUAGACGUAGACACAUCGAGAGUGGCCCAUCGAUAUCACGUUUUAUAUGUUUCUUUUUUACUCGGGUAAUUUAUAGAUUUUACGAUAUGUCGUCGUAUUCCUAAUCGCAUUCAAGUUCGAAGUCAAUUCUGUUAUGUAUAGGUAGACGAUCAGGUCUCGGUAAGUGAGAAAGAGCGAUAUUUUUCAUUAUUGUUACUGUAUAGCGUUGUACGUUGAAAUGUAAGGGAGGCACGAGUACGAAGCUCCUACAAGGAUUUUAAAUUUAAGAUUCUUUUUAUUAAUCGAUAUUAUUUAUGUUAUAAAGAUAAUUGAUGGUCUCAGAGAUACUUGUGUGAAUCCGUUCUUCCUUGAAGUACGUACAAGGAAAUACGUUGAUUUAUGUCUAAUUAUACAAAUCGUGAAUGUCUGAAAAUGUAAGUUAAUUAAAUUCGGGAAUUAUGCACAUAACAAAACAAUUUCCAUAGUAUUGAGAAAACAAUCUAAACCGAACGAAUAUAUGGGAAUGAUAUGAUAAUAAUAAUUAUGCGUGAAUACAAUGUUUACAUAUGUAUGGCGAAACUUUUUUCCUUUGUACAGUCAUACUUGGUCCUUGUGAGAAUUUCGUACGCAUGAUAAAGUUGAAAACUUGUUGAAGAUGUAAUUAAUGUAAAAAGGAAACGCGCGCGAGAGAGAAAAGAUAUAACGUCAUGUUGGAAAUUGAAUGUAUAUUUUGUGAUACGAGAGAAAGAGAGAGAGAGAGCUGUUAUAAAAUCGGGUCCGAUGACGGACUGAUAUACGAAUGAGAAAAAAUUACGAAGGCGACAGAAAGAAACAGAGGUAUAUAAUUGUUGUUUAUAUUCUAAUUUAUAUAUAUGUACAAUUGUAUUCUGUGCCAUCUUACGAGUAGAUCGUAAUAUUCGUUUGUUACUUCAUUCAGUCUGCCAUUGGUUUCGCGCAUUAUAAACACAUUCCAUAGAAUGAUGUCUGAAAAAAAGAGAAAAGAUCCCUUCCCUUAAAAUGUUAUAGAAUAUAUUUACACAAUAACACCUUGACUCGAUGUGACAUAUUUAUUUGUUCCUACAGUGAAAAUAAAGUCGAGGUGCUGGAUA